AUGGCUUUGCCUAAGCGUAUUGUCAAGGAGACGGAGCGUCUCAUGGCUGAGCCGGUACCCGGAAUCAGUGCCGUCCCUCACGAGGACAACCUCCGCUACUUUGAUGUCGAAAUUCACGGACCUACGCAAUCUCCGUAUGAAGGCGGUGUCUUCAAGCUCGAGCUCUUCCUUCCCGACGACUACCCCAUGACUCCCCCCAAGAUUCGCUUCCUCACCAAGAUCUUCCACCCCAAUGUCGACAAGCUGGGCCGCAUCUGCCUCGAUGUUCUGAAGAACAACUGGUCCCCUGCCCUUCAGAUCCGCACUAUUCUUCUGUCAAUCCAGGCCCUCCUCGGCGCCCCCAACCCCGAUGACCCCCUCGCCGCCGACGUCGCGAAGAGCUGGAAGGAGGACGAGCAGGCCGCCAUCGCGACGGCCAAAGAGUGGACCACGAAAUUCGCUGUGCCCAAAUAG